AUGUUUCCUCGACACGCAGUUACAGCUUGUUCACGACGUGCAUACACGACUGCCACAAACAACGCAACAGCAGCAGCAAAGCCUAAACGUAAAGUGGGCGCUACGCGAGGAGGUAUCCUUGGUUUCCUCGUAGGUGCAGGUGUUUGCGUUGCCUUUUCCGAGCAGUUUAUCCAGCAAGAAUUCAUUGAAUCAACUCGACAACUGGCAAAGUCUGUCGACGAGUUGCAUGCUUCCACCGAAAAGGUGCGCGAAUAUGCUGAUAUCGUCGAGCGUCUUGAUCGUGACUAUACGCAAUUGCGUUCCAGUGUCAUCAACGCCAAGGAUUUGGAUAAACUCAAGCGUGACCUGUACAAAGUUCAUGAUCAAAUCAGCCAUGAACAUGUCCUUCUCAAGGCCCGUGUUGGCGAGAUUGAAUUGAAUAAGCAAUAA